UUUAAAGUUAGAAAAAGAAACAGUUUUUAUAUUUUCGGAAUACUUGUAUACGUAUGCUGGCUACAAAGAAACAAAUAAUUUACAAAAUUUUAAUAAUAUUUAUUGAAUAUCAAGGAUUAUUAUAAAGAAGUGACAACAUAUUGUUGAUUCAGAAAUGCCGGAUAUAAAAAUCACUCCACUUGGAGCAGGACAGGAUGUGGGACGAAGCUGUAUUCUUGUGUCGAUGGGUGGAAAAAACAUCAUGCUGGAUUGUGGCAUGCACAUGGGAUUCAAUGAUGAGAGACGGUUUCCAGACUUUUCGUACAUAGUUCCAGAAGGACCUGCAACUAAUUAUAUCGACUGUGUCAUAAUCUCACAUUUUCACUUGGAUCAUUGUGGCGCACUCCCUUAUUUCACAGAGAUGGUAGGCUACACCGGGCCAAUUUACAUGACGCAUCCGACCAAGGCUAUUGCGCCAAUCUUACUGGAAGAUAUGAGAAAAGUUGCGGUUGAACGCAAAGGCGAGAGCAAUUUCUUCACAUCGCAGAUGAUAAAGGAUUGCAUGAAGAAAGUUGUCGCUGUCACGUUACAUCAGUCUGUCAUGGUCGAUCCUGAAUUGGAGAUAAAGGCGUACUAUGCCGGACACGUGCUCGGAGCGGCUAUGUUUUGGAUUCGUGUCGGCUCUCAGUCCAUCGUGUAUACGGGGGAUUAUAAUAUGACGCCGGAUCGACAUUUAGGCGCCGCAUGGAUAGACAAGUGCAGGCCAGAUUUAUUGAUAUCGGAGUCGACGUACGCGACCACAAUCAGAGAUUCCAAGCGUUGCAGAGAGAGAGACUUUCUUAAAAAAGUGCACGAGUGCAUCGACAGAGGCGGGAAAGUGCUGAUUCCCGUGUUCGCUCUCGGUCGCGCCCAAGAACUGUGCAUACUCUUGGAAACAUACUGGGAAAGAAUGAACUUAAAAGUGCCAGUUUACUUCGCGCUUGGUCUGACCGAGAAGGCUAACAAUUAUUACAAAAUGUUUAUCACGUGGACCAAUCAGAAAAUUAAGAAAACGUUCGUACAACGGAAUAUGUUUGAUUUUAAGCACAUAAAACCGUUCGAUAAAACGUAUAUUGAUAAUCCAGGUGCGAUGGUGGUGUUCGCCACGCCGGGAAUGUUGCACGCCGGCCUCUCCCUGCAGAUCUUUAAGAAAUGGGCGCCUAACGAGGCCAACAUGGUUAUCAUGCCGGGUUUCUGCGUGCAGGGCACCGUCGGGCACAAGGUGCUGAACGGUACGCGGAAAAUCGAGUUCGAGAAUCGGCAGAUCGUCGAGGUGAAGAUGGCCGUGGAGUACAUGUCCUUCUCCGCUCACGCCGACGCGAAGGGGAUAAUGCAGCUGAUACAGUAUUGCGAGCCGAAAAACGUCAUGCUAGUGCACGGCGAGUACGCCAAGAUGGAAUACUUGAAGGAGAAGAUCAAGCAGGAAUUCGGCGUCAACUGUUACAAUCCCGCGAACGGCGAAACCUGCGUCAUCACGACCACCUCCAAAGUCCCCGUGGACGCUUCGCUGGCGUUGCUGAAAGCUGAGGCGAAGAGAUACUCGGCCUUGCCGCCGGAUCCGAAGAGGCGGAGACUAUUGCAGAGCGUUUUGAUGCUGAAGGAAGAUGGCGUCUGCCUCGUGGACGCGGAUGAGGUUGCGAAAGCUGUGGGUAUAACGAAACAUGUGGUGAGAUUUACGUCCACUGUGCAAGUAAGAGAUCCCGGUCCAGCGCACGCCACCACCCUAAAACUAUUGCAGCCGCUGAAAGAGAGGCUGUCGGGAUGGAUGGUCCAGUUGACGGACGGCUCUAUAUCCGUCGAGUCCGUUCUGGUGAAGGUGGAAGGAGACGAAGAUGAUCAAAAGAGCGUUUACGUUUCAUGGACUAAUCAGGAUGAAGAUUUGGGUAGCUAUAUUCUCGGUUUCCUGCAAACAAUGCUGAAUUAAAAAAAAAAAAGUGUAGAAAAUUUCGACCUGUGAUACUGAAAUGUAACUUAUCAUUGUCUUAUUGUAACGAACACUCACAAAUCUAUGUCUACGAUAUAUCGAUUGAAGCGAAAAUAUAUUUUCGAGCAAAACAUUAUCACAUUGCAAUGUUAUGUUACUUCUUAGAUUUUAAAUAUUUGUAUUGAAUACAACGAAAAAUAUAUAUAAUUUUGAAAUGAA